AUGGAACCGAUCAACAAGCAUGAUCGCUGUGUUUAUGAAAUGGGCGCUGAAUUUAUCACUCAGGAACAACGAGCAGCUAUUUUUAGUAAAGUUUUGGGUAGGUCUAUUACUUACGAACAACAACCGUUUGAAACUCUUUAUAAGACGUUCAUUGGUAUCGGAAUGCAUCAUUCAUAUGCUUACGAUUUAGUUUCAUUAUCUAUUGAAUCGAUAACUGGACAUGUUACACCACAAUUAUCUAUUCUCAUCAAUAGACCAUUACGCACACUAGAAGAAUGGUUGCAAGAAAACGUAAACGCAUUUCAAUAA